UGAGGUGUCGUUACGUGCCGUUACCGUUGAUCUGUCGCCGGUUGAGGAUUUAACUCAGUGACGAAGGAAACGUUUUACCGUGAGAGGAAAUGGCGGCAGACCGAGCUGACGGAGACAGAGAGUCAGACGGGGACAUGGACGGGGACAUGGACGGAGACUCCAGUAAAGUCAGCCCUCUGCUGGGCGAAGACGACUUCACAGAGUCCUGUGGCAAAGAGAUGGCUCUGCUGACUCUGAUGGAGAGGACGGGAUACGACAUGGUGCAGGAGAACGGACAGAGGAAGUAUGGAGGACCGCCGCCAGACUGGGAGGGCCCGGCCCCGCCACGGGGCUGCGAGGUGUUUGUGGGGAAGAUUCCCAGAGACAUGUACGAGGACGAGCUGGUGCCUUUGUUUGAGAGAGCCGGAAGGAUCUACGAGUUCAGACUGAUGAUGGAGUUCAGCGGAGAGAACCGCGGCUACGCCUUCGUCAUGUACACCAGCAGAGAGUCAGCUCAGAGAGCCAUCCAGAUGUUGGACAACUACGAGGUCCGUCCAGGGAAGCUCAUCGGAGUGUGUGUGAGUCUGGACAACUGUCGCCUCUUCAUCGGCUCCAUCCCCAAAGACAAGAGGAAGGAAGAGAUCAUGGACGAGAUGACCAAGGUGACAGACGGGGUGGUGGAUGUGAUCGUGUACCCCAGCUCCUCAGACAGGAGCAGAAACAGAGGCUUUGCCUUCGUAGAGUAUGAAUCGCACAAAGCAGCAGCCAUGGCCCGCAGGAAGCUCAUACCUGGAACCAUCCAGCUGUGGGGUCAGUCCAUCCAGGUCGACUGGGCGGAGCCUGAGAGAGACGUGGAUGAGGAGGUCAUGCAGCGUGUCAGAGUCCUCUAUGUGCGUAACCUGAUGCUGUCCACCAGUGAAGAAACUCUCCGUCGGGAGUUCUCCUGCUUCAAACCAGGCUCUGUGGAGCGUGUCAAGAAGCUCACAGACUACGCCUUCGUUCACUACCGCAGCAGAGAUGACGCCAUCACCGCGCGGAGCCUCAUGAAUGGAGCCCAGAUUGAUGGAGCCACUGUGGAGGUGACGCUGGCAAAGCCUGCGGGGGUGAAAGAGGGGAGCGUCGUGGGGAGGAGGUCCAACAGCAGAGGAUACGUGGGAAACAAUGCAGGAGGAGGAGGAGGAGGAGGAGGAGGGUACGGGACGUUUGGCCUGUGCAGGAGCGAUGAGGGGAUGAUGGGAGGAGCUGACGACACUUGCUCCCCUCUGAGGACAGUGCCCCUGCCGCCUCGCCUGGGAAGCCCCUUCUACUCAGGAGCAGGAGAGAACCCAGACAGGUGUGUGUUCCCCCUGUACCCCGGCACCCCCCUCACCCCCACCAGCCUGCUGUCACUGAAGCAGAGUCAGAUCAGCUCCGCCGUCACUCUGCUCGAAUUCUACUGCUACAAGAACCACUGGUCUCUGCCUGAGUACCACCUGUACUCCACACCGGGACAGGACGGGAAGCUGCUGCUCCUCUACAAGGUGAUGAUCCCAUCAACACAAAGCACCUUCAUCCCAGACAAGCUGUGUGUGCUGCUGGAUGAUGCCAAAGAACUGGCCGCACAGACGACCCUGUGGAACCUUGACUCAUCCAUCCUGAGCUCAGUGGCUUCCUGUGAUUCCCCCAGCAGCUCUUCUCCUCCGCUCGCCGCCCCCGCCUCCGCCACCUCUCCCGGGAUACUGACCUGCGGCGGCAGAGCCUUCGCCUCCUGCCUCUCUCCUCCUCCUCCUCCUCCCCCUCUCUCUCCCUUCACCCUCUCUCCUGCCCUCUCCUCUCUGUCCUCGCUCCCCCCGGCUGCCUCCCAGACUCCAAGGCUCUACAUCAACUCCCAGUCGCCUUUCUACUGACGGAGGAUUCAGCGGUGAGGGAAGCAUCUGAGGACGAGGAGGAGGAAAGGCAGGCCUGUCUCUAUUAUGAUUACACCUCCACAUAUUUCCCCAAACACACAGUCCAUCUGUUUGUUUCUACUCUGUGCUAAAUGUAAUCUCAGUCCGACGAUCAGCCGCUCGGCUUCUCCUCUCUAUCACCUCUGAUUCUGAAAACUAAACACAACAAAGGCAGACGCUGCUCAGAUCCCACAGAAAGACAUCCAGCUGAUAAAAUAUGUUUUCUUGACCUCUGGUAAAUGUCAGUGUCCUCCUCCUCUCCUCCUCUCCGGCUUUAUUUUCCUUCAGUCACCUCAAAGUACCCACAAGGCAUCACAUCCAUACUUCAGAUAUCAAUGUUGAAACAAACCUGCCGUCAAAUCUCUGCUGUUUUGUGUCAGUUUAAUAUAUUUUUCAAAGGAAACUCGUCCAUUUGAGAACAAAAUCUGCAAGAAUUUUCAUUCAAAGACACGAGAUUGUUUCCUCCGUAACAACUGAACUGAUCGUCUCCUCUGUGAACGUGUUUAGGCUGAAACGUAAAGUUGUUGGACCGUCGUACACAGCUAUGUUGGAGUGAACAACACAGAAAGUAUGAAGUGUCCAAAGGACGGAGAGAUUAAAAGACGAGCUUUUCCACUACAUUAAAAUCUGAUUUCCAUUUUCCUUUCAUCCUCCCAUUACACCACUCGUCUCCUGAGAGAGCUAAAAACAGAGAGACGACGAAGGAGGAGGAGGAGGACUUAUCUAUCUUCUUCUUCUUUCAGAGGAAUGUUUGUGGCGACUCAUCUCCUUUCAUGUUUGUGUUAACCUGAGUUAUGUAAGGGGAGGAAGAGAGACCACGAAGUGUCCGUCCAGUUGACGGUCAGCCUCCUGAGAGAGUCGACAUCGAUCAACACAACAAAUCUUAAAGUAAGAAACAGAGAGCGGGAUAUUUCUCACCAUGUCUCUUAAUUCACUCGACCCACCUCACACUUCAGAAAUAUGAGGAUGAAGGAAAAAAGAGGGAAGAUUAAAAAUGUUUUUACACCAGAUCGAGUUCUUGUUCUCGUUUUAGUCGAAUGUAAACCACGUUCACUGAGUAAGCAGACCAAGCAAAGAGAGAACUCCGUUAGAUGUGUUUCUCUUGCCUCAUUCGAUGGUUUCCUCGUCAUGCUUUCACAUUACAAUCCUGUGGAAAAUAAAUAAAUAUCGGGAAAUUACCAGUAAAACAAUUUUAAUGAGAUGUGUCGGUCUCAUUAAAACACAGAGAUCCUGGGAGUUUAUCAAGGUUAGUUUAAAUUCUGCAAUAAAAAUGAAUUCAUUAAAAACAAAUUCAAAAAAGAAUAAAUAAAACAUCCAGUAAUUGAGAAGAUGUAAUAGAUUACUUUCAAGAUCCUGAGACUUUUAUCCCCCUUAAAUUCAACAAUUACAAAUCUACUCAUGAAAAACAAAUGAAGUAGAAAAUAAAGACAGAAUAAAUUAAACAAGUUUGAAUCGAUAAAAAAUAAAUUUAAUAAAUGAUCCUGGGCCUUUCUGGGAAAUUCUGCAGUUAAAAAUUUAAAACAUUAAAAUCAAAUGAAUAAAAAACAGAAUAAAUGAAUAAAAUCUAAAGUAAAUGAAUUGAAAGAUUCUGGGAUAUUUAUAAACUUUAAAUUUGGCAAGUUUAAAUAUUACAAAAGUUGAUUUAUUAAAAAAUUAAUAAAAAUAAAAAUAAAUAAAACAUGCAGUGCAUUUAUUUAAAUGUUAAUACCUUUAAUCCAACAGCAGAGAUCACCCAGAAGGUUUCAAAAUGACAUUCAAACUUUUUUAAUUUAUUUUGUUAAAAACAACAUGCACAGGAAAUAGCUGAAAAAGUAAAAUAUGAGAAGUCCAACUACUUGAAACAGUUUUAAAGAGUUUAGUUUGGUGAUUGAGAGCCAGAGAGGAGGAGGACGUUUCUUCAUCAGAGGCAGAGCACGGACAUGGUUUUAUUUUAAAGGCUAAAUAAGAACAAACAUUAUAAACGUUACAUUCACACUUUAAUUGGAUGAAUCGGAGAGUUUGGAGGAAAAUGAAGUGACUCAGGUUUGAGGGGUGAAGUGGUUUUAUUGAUCUGUUUGAAGGAACAGGUUUAAUGGUUUUUCUUUAUGUUCAUGUUUAUUGAUUUCAGACUGAUGAGUGUUCAGGUAAAUGUUUCUGUGUAUAUUUAUACCAUCACUGUUUGAACAGUUUUACAGUCAGUCAGAGUGUUUUAUGAUCCUUCAGUUCGCUCUGUUUCAGUGCUGAUUUAAAGUUCAGUGUGUGUGUGUGUGUGUAGAGUUGUGCUUGUAGCUCCUCAGCACGUCUCUCAGGUGUCAUUUAUUAAAAACACAUUUCUGUUUGUUGAAUUAAUUUUGAGAGUUUAAAAGUACAGAGAUUAUCUUACAUCUACAUUUUCCUUUUGUCCCUGAUGUUUUUUAUUCAGUGAACAAAUUCAAAAACACAGCGAUUUUCUUUUCAUGUGUUUUUAAUCUAAAACUGUGUAUUCAGAUUACUGAUGCUAAUUAAUAAUUAAAGGAAACAGAAUAAUUACAACAACAGUAUUUUAACAAAAGGCCUUUUAUCCAACAAUCCACAGAACAAAAAAUCAGGAAAUCAUCACUAAAAGAACGAUCUGUAAAUAAAUGUCACCCUAUUUAUUUAAACUUUAGUGUCACGCCCACUUUAAAUUAAAAACAAAGAAUGAAGAGUUUGAUUUCAAAAUAAGAGCUCAGCGCGGAAUUUAUUGUUAGAGUGAAUCUGUUUCUGUCAGUGAUGAAAGUGAAGGAGCAACGUUCAAAACAUUCAGUGUUUAGAAAUAAAUGUAAUGGUUUAAAAGUGUGUGUUUGUUGUAGUGUUGUGAGUGAGUGGAGCGAGGGAGUGGAGUGAGAGUGAGUGGAG